GCUGAGUAACUGGAAGCAGGGGAGACCUUGGGCAGGCGGAAGUUUUCACAUAUCAGUGUGAAGCAUCCAUUCCAGUAUGGCAGCCUACUACCGUGAUAGAAGAUAUGAAGACGGUCCAAGUAAUCCCGAGUACCCGGACUACCCAGGCUCCCGGGACUAUCCAGACUACCCAGGCUCCCGGGAAUAUCCAAACUAUCCAGGCUACUCUGGCUCCCAGGACAAUCUGGAUGACCCAGGCUCCCGGCACGAUCUGGACAACCGAGGCUCCUGGGACUAUCCGGACUAUCCAAAUUCUCGGGACUAUCCGGACUAUCCAAGUUCACGGGAUUAUCCGGACUUCCCAGACUCACGGGAAAACACAGACUUCUGGGACAAACCAGACUAUCCAAGAUCCUGGGAUCAUUCACAUUCCCAAAAUAUUCCCAACUCUCUGGACUCAUGGAACAACCUAGAUUACCCAGACUAUCCCUCUGCAGAGCCUCCGGAUUUUGACAGAAGGUUGCUUGACAGAGCGCUGGUUAGCCACUCUGCUUCCUACCGUCAGAAUAACCGCCUCAGUGACCACCCCGGCCGAGGGGAAGGAGAUUUGUGUUACCCGGAGUCGAUCCCCAUGACAGAGAUACCGCCGAGUAGCCAGCAAUCUGUUCCCUAUGAACAAGGACUCUCUAACCCUGCAUAUGUGCAUGAAAGUGAUUUUGAGCAUUCUCUGCCGUUUCCCACUUACAGCGUGGAGGAGGAUUAUGGACAUCAAGAUCCAGAUCUGGAAGGUGAAGUUAGCAGUAUAAGGAGGCGUGAAAGAUUCCAAGACACCAUUGAUAUUUUAUCUCCCAACGUUACCAAUGUUUUUGACUCCCACAAAAGAGAACAAAAGCUAAUUACAACUCUGGCAAGCCUGUCCAACAGGGAGCAAAUGAAAGCCAUUCAGAAAUUACCGAUGACUCUGAAGGAGAAAAAAAACAUUAGGAAUAAAGUCUUUCUGGAGAAAAAGAAAAAAAAAGGCAGCCUAUCUCAGCUUAAUUGCUUCACCCAGUGCCUGUACAACACAUCUUGGACCUUCCGACGGUUUAAGAACACUUUGUCCGAAUUUUUCCUGUCUUUGCAACUGUGGCAUAAAACCCUCAAAGUCAUCGGUGGCCAGUUCGGGACGAGCGUUCUCUCCUAUUUCAGUUUCCUCAAGUGGCUGCUCAAAUUCAACAUUUUCUCAUUCAUCGUGAACUUCAGUUUCAUCACAAUUCCCCAGUGUGUGGACUCCAAGCCAAACAAUCUUUUGUUCACUGGCUGGGAGCCUUUCACUGGGGCGGGGUAUUUUCAGGAGACUGUGAUGUACUAUGGUUUCUAUACCAACUCAACAAUCACCAACGAAAGCAACAGCUUGUCUUACAAUAUGCAGCUGGCGUAUAUCUUCACGAUCGGAGUAUAUUUCAUGAUCUGUUUUUUUAGCUUGGUGUUCAGCAUGGCUGAGUCUUUCCGGAACAACUUCAUCAACCCGCACAGCUACAUCGGGGGGGCCUCCAGGCUCCUCUGCUCCUGGGACUUCAACAUCACUAAUGAAAAAGCUGUGAAGCUGAAGCAAAAGAACCUGAGCACUCAGAUUAAGGAAAAUCUGUCGGAGAGACUGCAGGACAGAGUGAAGCUUCCUUUAAAGAAGAGAAUGGUUCAACUGGGUAUCCACUUAUGCGCCUGGGUGCUGUCGACGGGCACGGCCGCUACCUGCUGCACAGCUGUUUAUUACCUCUCUGAAAUCAACCUCAAGUUUUUGAUAGACACAAGCAACCAAGCAGCCACCCUGCUGCUGCCCUUCAUCGUGUGCUGUAUUAACUUCAUCGUGCCCCUUUUCUACUCCUUCUUCGGCCUUGUGGAGAAGUUUGACCUUCCCAGGCACCAGGUCUACGUCAUUAUCAUCAGGAAUGUUUUUCUGAAGAUAUCAAUCAUCGGGAUUCUUUCUUACUACUGGCUCAACGUCGUGGCCAAAUUGGAGGGAAAGUGCUGGGAGACAAUCAUUGGCCAGGAUAUCUACCGGCUCCUUCUGAUGGACUUUGUCUUUUCAUUAUUGGACUCCCUAAUCGGGGAGUAUGCGCGUAGAAUGGUCGGCACUCACGUUAUCACGAGGCUUGGGGUCCCGGAAUUUGACAUUGCCAGAAACGUCUUGGACCUGAUCUAUACCCAGACCCUGGUGUGGAUUGGGCUAUUCUUCUCUCCUCUGCUACCCCUCAUCCAGAUAAUCACCCUUUUCAUCAUGUUUUACAUCAAAAAGUUCAGUCUCAUGAAGAAUUGCCAGCCUCCACGCAAAGUUUGGCGGGCUUCUCAGAUGAUGACUCUGUUCAUUUUCCUGCUGUUCUUUCCAUCCUUCUCUGGCGUCCUCUGUGUCCUGGCCAUCACCAUCUGGAGAAUACAACCUUCUGAAGAGUGCGGUCCAUUCAAGGGUUUGCAUACCAUCUUCCACACGAUUUACACCUGGAUAGAAACACUAAGCAGCUACCCCAGUGCCUUGUGGGUCGUCUGGAUUUAUCACAACCUAAUCAGGAGUGUACACUUCUUCUUCAUUCUCACCCUCUUCGUCUUAAUCAUCACUUAUCUUUACUUGCAAAUAAUUGAAGGAAGAAAGAUCAUGAUCCAGCUUCUCCACGAACAGAUCAUCAACGAGGGAAAAGAUAAAAUGUUCCUACUCGAAAAGCUCCGCAAGUUGCAGGAGACCCGGAACAGGUCUGUGGUACUAAACCAUCAAUCGUCUGAAAGGAAGACUGCAGAUGGGAUGUUGUCUUCCUUCUCGAAGCUAACCCCGCUGAAUUCUGAUGUGAACGCUGCCGCUCCGUAUGAAGGGACAGACAUGGCAAGAAGCACCCCAACUCUGAACUUGAGUGUUAUGAGAGAAAACCCCGACUUUCCUCGAGGUUCAAGAUUUAUGAGAGAGAGGCCUGAAGAAGAGCCUUCUGAAGCCCUGAGGCUUGCCAUGAUGGCCAGGGAACGGGCAGAAAUGGAAACAAGGCAGAAAAAUGCAACUUCUUUUUUUACGUGAACCUCGAGAGCUCAGAACUGCGGAAAGAUGAUCUGGACCAUUUGCCAAUGGGGUCCUCAUUUAAAAACCAGUGAUACCAAGUGAAACUGGGAACGUUUUACACCGUUCUUAAUACCUUCAUUAAUCUGUUUAGUUUUCCUUGAGGUGAAGCAAUGUUUUCUUCCAAUAAAGACUAUUCUGAUACAGAAACCAGCACUCCAUUGCAAAUGAUUCAAAAAUGAGUGAUUACAGACAUUAAUGGAAAAUACAAGUAUCAGUAUUCCAAAG